UAAGAUGAAAGUAUAAUAUAUCACGGAUAAGAUUUACAGAGGGUUGACCGUUUACCAGACAGUUUCACAGAAUAGUUUCUACUGAACUAUAGUAGGUGCCUUAUCAUCUUCUACACUAGAAUCUGAACAGAGAGGAAGAUGACACUCCGUGAUGCUGACUCAAGCGAGAGUAUCGGUCAAGAUAGCAGAGCUGGAGGGGAUGUUCACAGUAUAAUGCGACGGUUCUCCGCCGCUGAGAACCUUGGUAAUCUAGAUGACGAUUUUUCAGAAGAGAUAAGCGACGAUCAUAUCAACGAUCAGAUCGGAGCAACGACGGCUAAACUCCUUCAACCACUUCGGGAUCAAGUUGGUAACAUGGGGGUGGAUGUGGCGAUGUUAGAGGAAACGUUACAGAAUCUAGCGGCACAGACUGAGGAGGCUAACAACAGAAUAUUGCAGGUUACAAAUUUUGUGGUUGAUUUAAUUGAACGGCUAGAAGACAUCGACGAUAAAGCCCGGUCUCUUCUCGACAAAUGGAAGGAAGAAACUCAGGCUAUAUCGGAGUUUGCAGAGCACGCAGACGAGAUGACGGAGAGGUUUGGUUCAAGCAUGAAGUUGCAGGACGAUAAGAUGAACGAACUGACCGAGCUUCUCAACAAACUUGAAGGGGAAACCAAAAGGUUAUCCUUCAUCCCGUCCAAAUCGAACAACCCAAAUAUCAGCGAAGAAGCAGAAGAAGCAACUAAACACCUCUUAGUAGAGGACCCAGAAAAUGUUGAUUUUCAUGCAAAACGGAAAGCAUUCUAUGCCAUCGGUGAGAAGAUGAAAACCAACGACACCUUUCAAACGUUCAAAGCUCGGAGAGUAUCGACUAUUACUCCACUUGAGAAAACUGAUUGUGUUAGCGAUACUAAUCAGGAAGAUAGGUCAGAUGGAUGCAACCAUGGAACAGAACCAUCCAACCAUGAAACAGAACCAUCCAACCAUGGAACAGAACCAUCCAACCAUGAAACAGAACCAUCCAACCAUGAAACAGAACCAUCCAAUCAUGGAACAGAAGUGGAUGAUAAGUCAGAUGGAUCCAAUUAUGGAACAAAAGCGGACGAAAUAACUGCCAUCCCUGACCAGCGUGAAGUACCAAAAACGAACUCAAUAUUUCUACCGAUACUGCUCUGCAUCAUAGUGGCAGUGGUAGCGUGUUUGGUAGUUAUUGUGGUUAACCCUGAUGUUGAAAAAGAACUUCGAACAUUAGUCGAAGGGUUUGUGUUUCCUCAAAAAAAUGGAAAAACAGCGACGUGAAGUUAUAUAAAUAUGAGGCAGUCUAUAUUAAAACUGUUAGUUGUCAAACUUCGCAAACAGAUCAUAUCACUAGAAGUUUAAAUCACCAGAUCAGAAUAUAACUCAUGAUGGUUGGUUCAAAAACCACCAUGUGAUCGGGCCGGGUAGUUCUUACUGCAUGAUUAUAAUAAAUGAUAUGUCUAGAACAAGAUUGUUUGGUAACUUUUUUUUAGGUCGUAUGUUUAUACCAGUUCGUAUUAUAUUCUUCAUUAAACUUGUUAUGUACGUAUUCUUACUGUUAAUUGUUUUGGUUUCUAUAAUAUUUUAUCACAAUGUUGAUAUGAUUUCCUUUUUACAUUAUACUAU